AGCCUCCAGCAGCGCUUGCACAGCGGUUCUAAGUCGUUGUACUCCCUUUAUUUUUUUAUAUUUUUUUUACGAGUGAUAUUUAAGGAUGCGUCACGCUCUGAUCCUUGCUUUUGUGUGCGGUCUGAUGAUCGCCUUCGCCUCGGCCGGUUUGCUGGGCGGAGGAGGUGGUGGUGGGGGCUACGGAGGGGGCGGCGGUGGACAAGGAGGCUGGCAGCAGAACGAAGGAGGAGGCGGUCAUGGGGGCGGUGGACAAGGAGGCUAUGGCGGCGGUAGCCAUGGUGGACAUGGAGGCGGUGGCCAAGGAGGCUGGCAGAAGAAUGGCGGAGGCGGUGGUGGCGGUCAUGGAGGUGGUGGACAUGGAGGUGGUGGACAGGGCGGCUACGGAGGUGGUAAUCAAGGUGGCCAUGGACAGGGAGGCGGACAAGGAGGCUAUGGAGGCGGUGGCCAUGGAGGUGGUGGCCAUGGAGGUGGCAGCAGGUCCUUGGCCGGAAAUCGCGGAAAUUCCAUAUCCUGGCAGGGCACCAGUGGAGGCCACAACAAACACGGAGGCGGCGGCGGAGGAGGCGGUGGUCUUUACGGGGGCGGCGGCGGUGGUGGCAACAAGCAUCACGGCGGUGGUUGGUAAAUGCCCCACCAAGUGCACCUAAUCUCACCCACCCGGCAUGUGUUUCAUGCAAAGAGAUAGAGAUAACCUCCUGCUUCUUCCCGUUUUCCUCAAUCCGAAGCCCUUCUAUUUCAGCUUUUACUUUUUUUUGUACUAAUAAAACUAUAUUAUGCAUUUUGUA